GCCGAGUGCAUCAAGCGAACCAACAUGGGCUUCAUGUUCGCGCCGAGGUACCACCCGGCGAUGAAAGCCGUCGUCCCGGUUCGAAAGGCGCUCAAGGUUCGCACCGCUUUCAACAUGCUCGGACCGAUGCUCAACCCCGCGGGGACCCAGUACGCCCUCGUGGGCGUGUACACCCCCGACCUCCAGCCCUUGAUGGCGGACUCGCUCAUGGCGCUCGGCAUGAAGAAGGCGCUGGUGGUGUGCUCCACGGUUGGCGAUUUAUCGCUGGACGAGAUGACGCCGUGCGGACCGACGAGCGUCGUGGAGGUGACCCCGGCGGGAACCAAGUCGUACUCGUUCGACCCCAAGGACGUCGGCAUCCCGCCGUGCGAGCUGAAGGAUCUCGCGGGCGGCGACGCGAAGCUCAACGCGCGGAUGCUGACGGACGCGCUCGGCGGCGAGAAGGGGCCGGUGGCGGAUUGCCUCAUGCUCAACGCGGGUGUCGCGAUGGCGGCGGCGGCGCAGGCAGAGAGCGUGGAGGAGGGCGUGGCGAUGUGCAAGGAGGCGCACGCUCAGGGUAAGGCGGGCGACACGCUUCGGUCGUGGAUCGAGCUCUCCCAGGAGCUCAAGCUUCAGGAGGCGUGAUCGACCUCUCGGGAGCGGAUGAAUUUAUAUGAAAUUUCGCUUCAACACGGUC